CAUUACAACAGAUUCGGGGGCCUAGGCUUUGACCUUGUAGAAACGCCUUCGUGGCAAGCGCAAACCCUGGGGAGAAAUGGCUGACGCUCCACCGGACGAGCUCGCAGUUAGUAGACUGCAGAUGAUGGCGCACUGUGAUGAGGUGCAGGCGCGUUUUCUACUGGAAGCAGCGGGAGGCAACCUGGAACUGGCACUGCAAAUGGCCCUCGAAAACUCGGACAUGGGUGACGCCUACGCGCACCAUACACAGCAGCAGUUCCACGCACCCCCAGCGGCGCAACCGCGGCCGGGCUCCGCAGCCUUCGCCGGGCCACUGCCGCCGCGGCCGCGCGCGCCUGCACUGCGCACGCAAGCGCCCGGUGCGGCCGGCACAGCCGGUCCCGGCGCAGCCGCCGGCGGCGGCGGAGCCGCCGUCGCCGGGCCGCCCGCCGCGCUAGCCGCGCCCCUGGGCCUGCUGGGCUUCAUGCUGCGUGUGCCGUUCAUGGCGCUGGGGCUGGGCUUCCGCAUCAUGCGCUUCACGGUGGUCAACGGCCUGCACGCCGCCGCCGUCGUGGGCGACCGGGUGCUGCCGGCGCCCGUGAUGCGCGCCGCGCGAGGAGCCGUCUCCGCCAUCGCGACGGCGGCGGCCGGCGGCGCGGAUCUGGACCCUAGCGAGCAGGCAGCGGCGUUCGUGGCCGACUUCAAAUCAGCUUACGGCGACCGGCACCCGCGCUGGCAGGAGUCAGGCUGGCGCGUGGCUAGCCAGCAGGCGCGGCGGGAGUUCCGCUUCCUGUUCGUGUAUCUGCACUCGCCGGAGCACGAGGACACGGACAAGUUCUGCCGCCAGGUGCUUACGAACCCGGAUGCGGUUGACUACAUCAACACCCACUUCGUGUCCUGGGGCGGCGACGUCAGCUACAGCGACGCAUUCAUUCUCUCCCAGCAGGCACAGAUGGGCUGCACGCGCUUCCCCUUCAUCGCGCUGCUCAGCCUGUCGCCACACGACAGCCGGCCGGCGCUGGUGGCGUCGGCCUCGGGUCAGGACAUCGCUGCCGACCCCGCGGCGCUGCUGGUGCUGCUGCGUGCCGCGGUGAUGGAGCACGGCGUGAUGCUGGCGGCGGCGCGCGCCGAGGUGGAGGAGCGGGAGCACGCCCGGCGGCUGGUGGUGGAGCAGGAUGCCGAGUACGAGGCCAGUCUGGCGGCGGACCGGGCGAGGGAGGCGGAGCGGGCGGAGGAGCGCAAGCGGCAGGAGGAGGAGGAGCGGAAGCGGGCGGACGAGGAGCGGGCCGCCAGGGAGGCGGCUGAGGCGGAAGAGCGGCGGGUGGCGGAGGCGGCAGCGGCGAUUGAGCGGCGGCGCGACGCGGCGCGCGCAGCGCUGCUGCCGGAGCCGCCCGCGGGUGCUGAGGGCAGCGCUGCCAUCCGGCUGCGACUGCCCGACGGCACCAACACCUCGCGCGGCUUCCCGGCGGGCGCCACGCUGCAGGCCGUGUUCGACUACGUGGACAGCCUGGACGCCACCAGCUACAGCCGCUACCACCUGGUGGCCAACUACCCGCGCCGCGUGUUCGUGCGGGCGGCGCACGGCCCCGUCAGCCUGGCGGAGCUGGGGCUGGUGCCGCAGGCGGCGCUGUUUGUGCAACCGGACGAGUGAGCACCGUGAAGAUGCCACCUAGGCAACAAAGGGAGGCCAGCAGUGUGGUGCUGUGGUGCCCAUCGAAAAUGCAUGCCUGUCGCAUGUGUGCUGUUGGGAAACGCCUAAUGGGCGCGCUGGUGGCUUUAGUUGUGUACAAUUAUGAGCAUGUGCAAUAAGGUGGCGGGGUUGCGAUGUUCAUCACAUAUCCCAUGGUAUGUAGUGCGGGCUACAGCAGUCAUCCGUGGCAGUUAAUGUCGCCCCCAUACAUGUACCGUAUACGGUUAAUGAAGAUGAACUAGGAGUGACAUUUCGGCCAAUGACACAGAUGCAGUUGCCAGAAAGCUUUAGGGU